AUGGCGCCGCCGUCGCUGCCGAAGAAGCGCGAGGUCCGCCUCCCGGAGAACGAGGAGCUCGCGGGCAAGCUCCUCGAGAAGUACCGCUCGAUGACGGCGGAUCAGCCGGGCAGCCUACCGGAGCCUGUGCGCGUCGCGCUCUCCGCCGCCUACCGCGGCCUAUGCGCCUCCAAGGAGCCCAUCCGGACCCUCCGCGACCUGCGCUGCACAAAGGGCGUUGGACCUUGGGCCAUUCUCGUCAUGGUAGACUCCUUUCCUGCGAUCAGCCCAGAUUUGUCUCCUCAACAAGGGAAGAAAAGGAAAUAUGUGCCACGGAAGAAAUCCUCUGCUUAUGCAAUAGUGAUCACACUCUACAGGGCAAUGAGAAGAGGAAACGAUUCUCUGAUGAAGCAGGAGCUUAUUGAUGCCGCUGAAGUCUCUGGUCUAUCAGCAUAUGGUAUCGGCCCAAGCAACACUAGAGCAAAACUGGGGAGCAGCAUAAAGACAUUAAUUUCUAAAGCACUGGUUGUGAAGUGGAGUAACCCUGCAAAGUAUAUGCUAACAGAAGAAGGUAAAAAGACUGCUCGUGAUUGUCUCGCACGGUCUGGAUUAGAUGAUACUGCCGGACCUUUGACCCGUAAUUCUGAAAAAGUUGUUCUGAGUGAUUCAGAUUGUGAUGAACCAUAUCCCUGCGAUUCAGAUUGUGGUGAACCAUAUCACUUUGAUUCAGACUGUUAUGAACCAUAUCCCUGUGAUUCAGAUUGUGAUGAACCAUAUCCCUGUGAUUCAGAUUCGGAUGAACCUGCAAUGGACCAAUGGUGGUGUAGUGUUGAUAACAUACGCUUGCAGUGUCGUAUACCUGUUAAGAUCCAACACUUGCUUCCUGGACAUACUAUUCGGAUUGGACGCCAUAAAGUGUAUGUGGGUUGAUCUCGUUGAACGGAAAAAUAUGGAUGAUUUAUUUGGCUCAAUCAGGGAGAACAAAUAGAAAGAUCAAAAACUAAGGUUGAAGGUAUUAUCUCCAAGUUUGUCUGGGCUACAUAGUUUCCCCUAAUGGAUUAACCAACAGGUCUUCUGGUUACUGUUGUGAUGAUUUUGAGCCCAGACGUGAGAUUUUCAUGUUCGGAAGGCAAAAUCAGGAUGGAUCCUUUUUGUGCGCCUGGCGCCUUCGAAAACCGAAAGUUUUCGAAACAUGUAAGCCUUUGAAAAUCUUAAGUUUCGAAACAUGUAAUGACUUGAAACGAAUGGUCUUAGCAUAGACUCAUCUCCCACUAUUAUUUAUCCCUACCCUGUAGUAUUCCAUACUGGACAAUAUGGAAUCAUCGUGUAAUGUAUGUGAACUAGUGCUUUAUCAGCUCUUAA